AUGGAUGAUGAUGACUUUGGAGGAUUUGAGGCAGCAGAGAGUUAUGAGUUUGGAAAUGGUGAAAAGCAGACUACAUCCCCUGCUAUUGCUUGGGCAGCAUUUCCUACAGUAUCUGAAGUCCACAUACCUCCUGAUGUUCUUCUGGAGCACCCUGUGCCUUCCUCCUGCCUGGUUCCUUCUGACUCGUUCAGUUUAGCAAGUGAUAACGUGGCAACAGCUCCUGUUAUAAACUCAGCUGCUCUUGAAGAACAGCUUCAAGCAGAUAUUCCAGUUGCCUCUUUGAAUGUGACUGAAGACAAGACUUCAGGUGCAUCAACCAUUGCUGAUACAGAGAGAAAAAAUGAACCGAAGAGCUACCUUCAGCAAGCUGUCACAAACCUAGAGAUCAAGCUUUCUACUGCUGAAGAAGAAAAAUUAAAAAUCAAGAAGGAGUUAGAAUGUUUACUGGAAAAACACAGUAUUCUAGAGAUGAAUUUCCUGAAGGAAAAAAAAGGAGUAAUUUCACAUCAAGAUCAUUACAAGACGCUCCAGGAAAAGCAUAAGCAGGAGUUAGAAGACAUGAGAAAAGCUGGACAUGAAGCUUUGAGUAUUAUUGUUGAAGAAUUCAAG